AUGCAUCAGUCGAUCACCGACGUCGGGCGGCGUGUUCGGCACGCAUAUGCGGCGCGCUGCACUUUAUCACGUCACAGACACUAUGGUGGUUCACAGUUACUAUGGGCAUCGGUUCCACUGACAAGCGCACACCGGUUCGUCGCAGCCUCAACUGGCUGGGGCGACGCUAACGCGCGUGCCCCUAGCCCCCCACCCUCGGCCUACCCCGCUUACCUCGCGGUAAUACUCAUGGAAGAUGAAUCUAAGCCGCUAGUUUAC